AUGCUUGCAAAGAAAAGUUGUCAACUCUCUACAAUAACAUCAACUUGAUACUUGUUGUUUUUAAACUUUAAUUUCUCACACAACAACGAGUUCCAAUCUCGUAAAAUUGUCAUGUAAAUAGCAAAUUCACGACGCCCGAAGCGAUGAGGCAAUAAACAAUUGAGUGGAACGAAGUGAGUCCCUCUCUCUUUAAUCGAUAAUAAAGCUCGGCACCUUACACGAAGGCCGUGUAACUAGGAAUCACAUAAACGAAAACUCCUAGUAAAUCAGACAACUUGUCCUUAAUAAUAAGAAGUAUUUAAAUAAAUUAUUGAAUUACGCUGAUACGUUAAACAAAUUUUUCUAGUACUUUCAUACCCACUUAUUGCCCUGAAUACAGUUAUUCAUUUUACAAUGGCAUAACCUACGAGUCGCAGAAACAUAAACAAAUACAUAAUGCGUCCGCAAAAAUUUCGACUUCCGUGCAAAGCAGAUAGUUUUCUGCAAACAGACAGAAAAGUGGUAAUUGUUUCUGUGUUUGGAAAAUCACAAUAUAAGGCUAAAGGAUGCAAGACAAACAUGCUGAGUUCAAUCCUUCAAGUGGAUCUCCUGGAUGAACCAGAAGUGGACAAAGACACAUUUUGUGAGAUAGAGGGAUAUCAUGAUACAAAAGAUAAAACUAUAUAUUUACAUCUACGGGGUUUCUUGGAUACGCAUACCCUUUUAACAGAAUAUAAUAGGUUCACAGAAAAACAAGACUGUAAAGAUUUUCUUAGUGUGUGGGCUCAUAUGAAAGAUAAAUAUGCUAGGGCAUUGCUUGUUUUAUUUCAUAUAUCACAUGUUAUUAUUCUCACUCAUCCCACACAUACCUUUGAUUAUAGUUAUGUUCAUUUAUUCAGAGCAAUGGAUAUUGUAAGGCAAAAAGUUUCACCCCAGCUGUCUGAUGUUUUGAGCUGCAUUUGCAGUUUGCCUAAAGAUUGGGUGUCUAAUGUUAGGCCAUGCUCCCCAAGGGUAUUAUUCUAUUUUGAAACAUGUCCUGAUAUAUUCCAAGAUCCUGCUAGUGAAACUAAUAUAAAAAAAUUAGAGCAUUCCUUGGAAGACCAAAUUUACCAAGUAUUAAGGAAAAACCGUAUAGUAACUAACAUAAGUUCAAAUUCUCUAUUUGCAAUUCCUGCGAAUCAAGAAUUUGUUUAUGUACACACUGGAACAACAGAAUCUAGAGAUAUUUUGGGAUACAUGGCGAAGAAACUCAUACAAAGUUGCAAAAUCAGUUCUGGUAGUAGCACUUCGAGAAGUAUAACUAGUCAAGAUUCUAAUUUUCAAAUAGAUGAUACAGAAACGGAAACUCGCUCCUUCAGACUAUUUCUGCAACAACACAUAAACCUGGCCUUUGCUAGAGGUUUUGAUGACAAUGUUGGAAGACACUCCAUACCUGCAUACUUUGAGAUACCAACAGUUAGUACAUUCUGUGAGGUGGCAAAUAGAGUCUAUGACUACUUUAUGGAUGGAACUGAUAAAGAAUUAUUAACUUUACAUAAUUUGCUGGAUACAGAUGUUAAAUUUAGCAAAAGUAGAUGCAGCAAAGUGCUUCCAAGAGCACUGCAAACGUAUCAGGAAAAUUUACCUCAACAUUACACAAGGGCAUACCACGAGACAAAAUUGGCUCACGCAAUGGCAGUUUUCGAGAUGCACGCACGGGGGCCUCUGUUCGAAGAAUUUAAUGAGAAAUUACAAGCUGAAUGUGAGAAACACUGGCGAUCUGGCCGUCAAAUGUGCGAGGUUCUUUCCCUCACAGGCAAUCCCUGCACCAACCCAAUUCACAGAGGUGGUAGUGAUGGUGCUGGAGGUGGAGAACAGACAGAUCUCAGAGAUAGCGACCCUGAUUUACCAAUUAGAGAACACUGUAGCGGAGUUCGAUAUAUUUGUGCUUGUAACUGUGGCCGUUGUCAAGCGUCGCGCGAAGAUCCAUUCAGUUUAAAACAGGCUAAUUAUGAUUACUUCCAAUUGCUAGCCAAACAAUGUGGCUGUGCACAAUUAGAAAGUAUUCAAUUUCCAGUUUUUCAACCAAGCACCCAUAAUUUUAGACCGGCUCAAUUACUCUCUGCAUCCAAACGCAAAGACUCUUUUAGUCAUGCAGAAUCACCUACACCAAGGGGACACACUCCAGCCUGCAGCUUAGGAGUCAACACUCUUAAUGUUUCAGAUGAUAUCCGUACUCCGUACGAGAGUGGUGAUCAAUCCCAGCAGCCAAGUGAGAAUAAUGAUACUAACAAACAUGCUAAAACUAGUCUAACACCAAACGAUGCACACAAAGUGGUCAUAGAAGUUUCUGAUAAUGAAGAAGAUAACAAAGACUUAAAUUCCACAGAGAAAUCUUUGGUCCGUCAACCAUCAACUACAGAAUACUUGCCAGGAAUGUUACACACUGAAUCUCCAGCUGGUUUGUUACCACAAUUUUCGAGCUGGUCUCUAGUUUGUCUUGGACCAAGUAGUUUAUAUUCUCAUAAUUUGGGUUUACAACACCAGACUGGCGUAUUGCCUACUUCUGCUUUCCUUCUACCAUGGGAUGUAACUGUGAGAUUGGAACAUCAAAAAGAAAGGGGUUCCCUAUGGCCAACAAUAGGCGAUCAUGGAGUACAUGGUUACUGUCCAAGGGGGAAGAAUUUUCAGAAUUUAAAUACUAUUCGUGGUCGGAAAUCUAAAGGUGGAAAAGAGUUUGUUGUAAAGAUAUUUGUUGGAGUGGAGUAUGAAUGUCCAAGAGGACAUAGAUUUAUGGCAUCUGCCCCUGACAAGGUUCUUAAAGCAACUGGAAAUGGAAUUGUAAAAGACAGUGGGAAUAAAGUCACAUCUAGCACAGCGGAUAUGCCUCUUUACUUCCCUUGCCCCUGCAGACAAACAAAGCCGCUAAUAGCACAGCUAAUGAGAAUUCAUGUGGUAACACCAAAAGCUCCUGUUCAUGUCACACUGAAUCCUAGGGUUCAACCAGGCCCACCACCGUGUCCAAUUUUCGUAACUGGUUGUGACGAACCUAUAAAACUAUCUCAAAGUGCCUAUUGGGUCUUAAGAUUACCAUAUGUAUAUAUGGAUGAGAAGGGACCGUAUAUAGCACCAAAAGAUCCAGUGCCAAUAUCACAUGGGAGAUUAUUAGCAGGAAUGUAUGGAAUUAGUGAAGUAAUUUUAGAUAAAAAAUAAUACAGUAUUUAACUUUUUAUAAAUAACACUUUGUACAACACAUGUGAAUUAUUUUCUGUAAA